CUUUGCUUUUCUGAGCAAUGUCUCUCGAAACUUCCAUUAGCACUACUUUGCUUUGCAUUUGGCCCAACCAUCAGAGCCAAAAGUAUUCGUAAUAAUCAAAGCCCUGCUCUGAGCUCAUCCGCGAGCAAUUGUGGAUGCGUUUGCUAUUUCAUCCUUCUUCUUUGUUUUGCUUUGCAAUUAUCUUGUACACUAAAAGACCGUCCUCCCUUAUAUUCACCUCAUUUUUCUAAAACAUGCGCUGCUCCAUUGCUCUGACAGCACUCGCCGCACUUGCCAGCUCGGCACUCGGCCGCGUCUACUACGAGGAGACAUUCACUAGCGUUGACAGCGUCGACAGCUUCAUUGCGACAGGCGUCCGCGCAGACGUCGGCGCCAUCAAGCGCUCGCCAGGCAAGUGGUACUCUGAUGAGAAGAACAGCGCCGGCCUGCAGCUCGUCGAAGACGCGCGGUUCUACGCCUACACAUCCAAGCUCAAGCGCCCAUUCAACACCAAGGGCAAGGACUUUGUGGUGCAGUUCACCGUCAAGUAUGAACAGGAUAUUGACUGCGGAGGCGCAUACCUGAAGCUGUUGCCUCCUACCCUGGACCCGACCAAGUUUGACGGCGAUUCGGAGUACGAGAUCAUGUUUGGACCUGAUAUCUGCGGCUCGACAAACCGCCGUGUGCACGCCAUCAUCAACUACAACUCUACGAACAGCCAGAUCGACAAGGUCAUCCAGCCGCGCGGCGACCAGCUCACCCACCAGUACACGUUCUGGAUCAAGCCCGACAAGACCUUUGAGAUCCGCAUCGACAACAAGAUCCAGGAGGAGGGCAGGAUUGAAGACAUGUGGAAGGUUUUGCCCGAGAAGCAGAUCUCGGACCCGGAUGCCGUCAAGCCUGAGGACUGGGUCGAUGGCCCGGCAAUGAUUGAGGACCCUGAGGACGAGAAGCCCACAGACUGGGUUGAUGGUCCUGCCACCAUCCCUGACCCCGAGGCCAAGAAACCUGAGGACUGGGACGACGACAUGGACGGCGACUGGGAGGCGCCCGUGAUCGCCAACCCCGAGUAUAAGGGCGAGUGGAAGCCCCGCCAGAUUGCCAACCCGGAGUACAAGGGCGAGUGGGUUGCGCCCAUGAUCGACAACCCCGCGUACGAUGAGGACGAGGACCUGGCUGUCUUCAACAUCGGCUACGUCGGCAUUGACGUCUGGACCGUCAAGUCAGGAACUAUCUUUGACAACAUCCUGAUUACCGACGACAUUGAUUACGCCUCUCAGUUCGGCAACACCACCUGGGGUGACUACGUCGAGGCUGAGAUCAGCGCUAAGAAGGCUGUCGAUGAGGAGGAGACCAAGAAGCUCGAGGAAGAGCGCAAGGCCAAGGAGGCUGAGGCAGAGAAGGACGCUGAGGCGGAGAAGGACGCCGACGAGCUUGAUAUUGAGAUCGAGGAGACCAUCGAGACCGAGGUUGUGCUUGAGCUCGAGACCAAGGUUGAGACUGAGGUUGAGACCGAGGUUGAGACUGAAGUUGAGACCGAGGUCGUGGUUGAGGAGACCACCGAGCUCGAAGUCGUGAUUGAUGAUGUCACCGAGUCUGCAGUCGAGGAGGACAAGGUCGACGAGGCUGUUGCCAGGGCCGAGAAGAAGGCUGCUAAGAAGGCUGCUAAGAAGGCUGCCGCAAAGGCCAAGAAGGCUGCUGAGGAGGCUGCUGAGGCCGCCAAGAAGGCUGCUGAGGAGGCCGAGCGUGCUGCCGUUGACGACAGCGACGAUGAUGUUGUUGGCCAUGACGAGCUUUAAGUCACUUGUAAGCUGCUGAAUUCAUUACCAAACUUUGUUCAACUUUUCUUUCUUUUAUAGCUCCUUUUUUGUUCUCAUCAUUUUUUGUGGCGUAGGUUUCGCCAGCAUAAUAAAAUUCACAUUCACAUUUA